UCUAAAAAUUAUUUUUGUUGUAAUUCCUCUCCAUAUUGACUUGAUGGAAGCUUAUACUGCUGUAAUUUCUCUUCUUCAAACUCUUGAUCAACCAAAUAUUUCAGAACUCUUUCAUGAUCACAGUACUGAAAUGCUCGAUUCUCUUCGGGCUACAGCUGAAUAUUUUCAAGAUGUUCUUGAAAACACUAGCAAUGAGAAAAUCAAAUCUUUUGAGGAAGAUAUUAGAGUUGUUGUUAGUGAGGCAGAGGAUGUUGUUGAAAUGAAGAUCUCUGAAAUCAUCAAAGGCGAAAGAUGGACAUUUGGAAUUUUACAACACCAUGAUAAGCUACCAGUUGUUGAAAAAAUGGAUACGACAAAGAAACAAGUGAUGGAGAUUCUUUCUCAUGAUGCUGAUCAAAUUCUUGAAUUAACUGCGGAUUCCUUGAUUGGCGCUUCUUCUAUGAGUGAUCCAAUGCUGUCAGGUUACUUGAAAGAUGAUAUCGUGCAGGGACUUGAUGGUGACUUGGAGAUAAUAGAUAAAAGAUUGAGAGGAUCAACGUCGUAUCUAGACAUUGUCACCAUAUCAGGUAUGGGUGGCAUUGGCAAAACAACACUCGCUAAAAAAACUUAUGAUCAUCUUCCAAUCAGGUAUCACUUUGACAUUUUUGUUUGGGUUACAAUAUCUCAAGAAUUUCGAUAUAGAAAUGUAUUGUUAGAAGCUUUACAUUGCAUUUCAAAGCAAAGAGUUAAUGUGAACACAAAAGAUUAUGAUAAGAUGAAUGACAGUGAGUUAGCUGAUCUUGUGCAAAAGAGUCUAAAGGGUCCUAGAUACCUUGUUGUUGUUGAUGAUAUUUGGAGUAGGGAUGUUUGGGAUAGCAUAUCACAAAUAUUUCCUAAUCGCAACAAUGGGAGUCGAGUCUUAUUGACUACUAGGGAAACUGAUGUAGCAAUAUAUGCCAAUACUAGUAGCCCUCAUAAGAUGAACCUCUUGGAUUUAGAUAACAGUUGGAAGUUACUUCGUGAUAAGGUGUUCGGACUAGAACACGAUCAUCCUCCCGAGUUGGAAGAAAUUGGAAAAACAAUUGCAGGAAAAUGCCAAGGACUUCCCUUAAUAAUUUCAGUGAUUGCAGGGCAUCUCUCUAAAACGGUCCCCAAGACAUUAAAAAGUUGGAAGUAUGUUGCCCAAACCUUAAGUGAAAUCAUUGCUAGUCAUCCAAAUAAAUGCUUAGGAGUGCUCGGUUUGAGUUACCAUCACUUGCCUAAUCGACUCCAACCGUGCUUUCUUUCUAUGGGUGAUUUCCCAGAGGAUUUUCAAGUUGAUACUUGGAGAUUGAUCCAAUUAUGGAUUGCAGAAGGUUUCAUAAGGACGUCUUCUGGAAGUCGUAAAAGCUUGGAAGAAGUGGCUAAGAAUUAUUUGGAGGAUCUUAUCAGCAGGAACUUGAUAAUUGCUAAAAAAAAGAGAUUCGAUGGCGAGGUAAAAGUAUGUGGAAUACAUGAUCUGCUGCGUGAGUUCUGUUUGAUAGAAGCUGAAAUGACAAAGUUUAUGCAUGUUGUGAGAACUCCAUUGUUACCAGCACAAAAGCCUAAAUUUCGUCGCUUCAGUAUUCAAGAGUAUUAUUCUGGUGAGGAUGCUUAUAAGCUCUUACCCCCUGUAGCCAGAUCUAUCUACUGCUUUUCUUACUUGCAUCUACCUUUUGAACCCCGUAUUAGGCUUUUCCCUAGAUUGCCCAUCUACCGUCAUGAUCCUAUAAUACAUGGAUUUUUCUCUUGUUUCAACCAUCUCAGGGUAUUGGCCAUCUCUCCUUCCUCGUUCAACACAUUUCCACUUGGGAUUAUGAAGUUAUUUCAUUUGAGAUAUCUCCAAGUUGAAGGUAUAGGCAUGAAUAUUCCUGAAUCAAUCUCAGAGCUUCUGAAUUUGCAAACUCUAAUUUUUGAUGGUAAUUUUAUAGAGAUAACUUUACCUAGGAAGAUAUGGAUGUUGAAGAACUUGAGGUAUAUACGUUUAGGGAAAACCAUUUAUUUACCAAGUCCUAGAAUAGAUAACAAUCUUGUGACAGGGAUGCCAAAUCUAGAGGAACUUUACGGUAUUUGUUACUCUAGUUGUACAAAUGAAGUCUUUUCUAGCACUCCCAAUCUAAAGAGAUUGAUCAUUCGUGUACAUUCGAGCAUACUAAACAAUAUUCCGGAUCAUCCCUUGGAUAUAUCCAGCUUGACAAAACUUGAGACAUUAAAGUUUUACUGGGAACGUUAUUUGGGAGACCCCAUCAAGAUAUUUGUUUUUCCAAAAUCACUUAGAAGAGUGUCUUUAACUAGGUGUUUUAGGUUUAUUUGGGAAGAGAUAUCAUCAACUUUUAUCAUGUUGCCACAUCUUGAAGAGCUCAAACUUAAAGAUUGUCGAACUUUUGAUGAUAUAUGGAGAUUGACUGACAAACACAUAUUCAAAAGCUUGAAGUUGUUGUUACUGAGCGAGCUAAAACUUAAGCGUUGGGAAGCAAGCAGCGAUAACUUCCCUAAUCUAAAACGCCUUGUUCUGAAGAAAUGCAAGGACCUGCAAGAAAUUCCAACAGAUUUCGUGGAAAUUUGUACUUUGGAAUCGAUUGAGUUACAUGAUUGCACCACUACUACUGAGGAUUCUGUCAGAAAUAUCGAACAAGAACAAGAGGACAUGGGAAAUAAUAUCCUUAAGGUCUACAUCCAUAACAGCCACUCUGAAUAUUUUCAAGAUGUUCUUGACAACACUAGCAAUGAGAAAAUCAAAUCUUUGGAGGAAGAUAUUACAGUUGUUGUUAGUGAGGCAGAGGAUGUUGUUGAAAUGAAGAUUUCUGAAAUCAUCAAAGGCGACAGCUGGACAUUUGGAAUUUUACAACACCAUGAUAUGCUACCAGUUGUUGAAAAAAUGGAUACGACAAAGAAACAAGUGAUGGAGAUUCUUUCUCAUGAUGCUGAUCAAAUUCUUGAAUUAACCACGGAUUCCUUGAUUGGCGCUUCUUCUAUGAGUGAUCCAAUGCUGUCAGAUCAGUUGGAAGAUGAUAUCGUGCAGGGACUUGAUGGUGACUUGGAGAUAAUGGAUAAAAGAUUGAGAGGACCAAUGUCGUAUCUAGACAUUGUCACCAUAUCAGGUAUGGGUGGCAUUGGCAAAACAACACUCGCUAAAAAAGCUUAUGAUCAUCUUCCAAUCAGGUAUCACUUUGACAUUUUUGUUUGGGUUACAAUAUCUCAAGAAUUUCGAUAUAGAAAUGUAUUGUUAGAAGCUUUACAUUGCAUUUCAAAGCAAAGAGUUAAUGUGAACAUAAAAGAUUAUGUUAAUAUGAAUGACAGUGAGUUAGCAGAUCUGGUGCAAAAGAGUCUAAAGGGUCCUAGAUACCUUGUUGUUGUUGAUGAUAUUUGGAGUAGGGAUGUUUGGGAUAGCAUAUCACAAAUAUUUCCUAAUUGCAACAAUGGGAGUCGAGUCUUAUUGACUACUAGGGAAACUGAUGUAGCAAUAUAUGCAAAUACUAGUAGCCCUCAUAAGAUGAACCUCUUGGAUUUAGAUAAUAGUUGGAAGUUACUCUGUGAUAAGGUGUUUGGACUAGAACACGAUCAUCCUCCUGAAUUGGAAGAAAUUGGAAAAAAUAUAGCAGAAAAAUGUCAAGGACUUCCCUUAAUAAUUUCAGUGAUUGCAGGGCAUCUCUCUAAAACGGUGCCCAAGACAUUAGAAAGUUGGAAGUAUGUUGGCAAAACCUUAAGUGAAAUCAUUGCUAGUCAUCCAAAUAAAUGCUUAGGAGUGCUCGGUUUGAGUUACCAUCACUUGCCUAAUCGACUCAAACCGUGCUUUCUUUCUAUGGAAGGUUUCAUAAGGAGGUCUUCUGGAAGUCGUAAAAGCUUGGAAGAAGUGGCUAAGAAUUAUUUGGAGGAUCUUAUCAGCAGGAACUUGAUAAUGGCUAGAAAAAAGAGAUACAAUGGUGAGGUAAAAGCAUGCGGAAUACAUGAUCUUCUGCGUGAGUUCUGUUUGAUAGAAGCUGAAAUGACAAAGUUUAUGCAUGUUGUGAGAACUCCAUUUCCAUCAGCAAUAAAGCCUAAUUUUCGUCGCUUCAGUAUUCAAAAGCCUAUUAAGGAUGGUCAUAAGCUCUUCCCCCCUGUAGCCAGAUCUAUGUACUGGUUUGAUUACUUGGGUCUACCUUUUGAACCCCGUAUUAAGCUUCUCUCUAUAUUGCCCAUCUACGGUCAAGAUCCUAUAAUACAUGGAUUUUUCUCUUGUUUAAACCAUCUCAGGGUAUUGGUCAUCAUCCCUGACUGGUUCAGCACAUUUCCACUUGCGAUUACAAAGUUAUUUCAUUUGAGAUAUCUCCAAGUUCGAUGUUCUGGCAAUUUUCCUGAAUCAAUCUCAGAGCUUCUGAAUUUGCAAACUCUAAUUUGUGAUGGUAAUAGUUCAGCUAUAACUUUACCUAGGAAGAUAUGGAUGUUGAAGAACUUGAGGUAUAUACGUUUAGGGGUAGCCACCUAUUUACCGAGUCCUAGAAUAGAUAACAAUCUCGUGACAGGGAUGCCAAAUCUAGAGGAACUUUACGGUAUUUCUUACUCUAGUUGUACAAAUGAAGUCAUUUCUAGCACUCCCAAUCUAAAGAGAUUGAUCAUUCGUUUAACUAUUAGAAUACACUAUAUUCCGUGUCGUCUCUUGGAUAUGUCCAGCUUGACAAAACUUGAGACAUUCAAGGUUUACUGUAAAGGUUAUAUGGAAGACCCCAUUAAGUUAUUUGUUUAUCCAAAAUCACUUAGAAGAGUGUCUUUAACUUGGUGUUAUAACUUUAUUUGGGAAGAGAUAUCAUCAACUUUCAUCAUGUUGCCACAUCUUGAAAAGCUCAAACUUAAACAUUGUCGAGCCAAAAAUGAUAUAUGGAGAUUGACUGACAAAGACAUAUUCAAAAGCUUGAAGUUGUUGUUACUGAGCUACCCAAAUCUUAAGCGUUGGGAAGCUAGCAGUGAUAACUUCCCUAAUCUAAAACGCCUUAUUCUGAAGAAUUGCGAGUUCCUACAAGAAAUUCCAACAGAUUUUGGGGAAAUUG